UUCUCGUUGAUAACAAACACCUCUCUUUCAAUAGCAAACCAUGCAGGAAAACACAACAGCUUCUCCGACUCCAAAACAAACACAAAAAUCUAGCAAAGCAAAUGAAAAGGGUUUUUCCCUCUUCACCCUUUUCAAGUUUGCUGAUGGAGUUGACAUAUUCUUGAUGGUUUUUGGGUCAAUCUACGCCAUUGCAAAUGGACUAGCACAACCUGUUAUGGCACUCCUAUUCGGUGGUGUUGUUGACACUUUUAGCACUGCAGAUUACCAGCAUAUGCCUCAAGAUAUAUUGCGGGUAUCUAUCAAGCUACUAUACUUGGCUGCUGGAGCAGGGAUUGCUGCACAAAUGCUUGUUAAUCAAAGCCUACCCUUUUUAACCGAGAGAUCAAGUUGAUUUUAGAGAAGAUGGUUCGACCCGAUAGGAAGGAUUGGAGUAUGAGACUUGAAGAUGCUUUAUGGGCAUAUAGAACGGCGUAUAAGAUGCCAAUCGACAUGCCUCCUUAUCGUUUGGUAUUUGGAAAGCCAUGUCACCUCCCCGUCGAGUUCGAACAUAGAGCAUUUUGGGCGGUUAGGCAAUGCAAUAUGGACAUCGAAGAGGGCAGAAUUCAAAGGAAAUUACAGUUACAAGAAUUGGAGGAGAUUCGAAAUGAAACCUACGAGAAUGCUGUGAUUUAUAAGUAGAAAAAUAAGAUAUUUCAUGACCAGCAGGUCUCUAGGAAGACGUUUGAAUAAGGGCAAAAAGUUCUACUGUACCACUCGAAAUUGAAGUUAUUUCCAGGUAAGUUACAUUCUCGUUGAAUCGGUCCCUUCGUUGUAACUAAUGUCUUUGAUUAUGGUGCAGUGGAGAUCCAGAGUUUAAGGACGGAGAAGAAAUUUGUGAUGAAUGGUCAUCGUCUCAAGCCAUAUUAUGAUGGGGCUCCAGUUGAACGGGUGGAGACGAUGCAUUUGAGGACCCAAUUUGCUUGGUUUAAGCAAAUUAUGGGUUAUGUCUAACCAAAGACACUAAAGAAAGGCGCUCUUUUGGGAAGCAACCCGAAUAUUGGUUUUAUUGUUUUUAGUUAUUUAUUUCUUUCGUUUUGUCGUUUCCCCGUUGGGUAGUAUCAAUGUUAAUAUUUCCUCCACUGUGACCAGGAAGUGAAAUCUUGGUGUGCCCACGCGAUGUUUGUAUCUCCUGAGAUCAAUGGAUGUUUUGUAAUCUUGGCGUGCCCACGCGGUGUUCGACGACCCAAAACAUGAACUC